AUGGACAACGUCUUUGAAGCCCUAAACGAACGGGGUUUUAUCAAACAGACUACAAACGCUGAGCAGAUCGCGCGUCUAUUGGCUGAAGAACAGGUUACCUACUAUAUCGGCUUUGAUGCGACAGCACCGAGUCUGCACGCCGGAAGUCUGGUCCCCAUAAUGGCAAUGGCACACCUGCAACGCGCCGGACAUAAGCCUAUUGCAAUCAUCGGUGGAGGCACAACGAUGAUUGGCGAUCCGACAGACAAGACCGAGACGCGCCCCAUGUUGUCGCAGGAACAAAUUUCAGCAAAUGGCAAAGGUAUCCUUGCACAGCUGCAACGUUACUUAAAUCUUGACAACGGAAUAGCAGAUAGCGAGAACUCGCAUAUUGCAUCGAAAGUAGGUAGAUUUCUCAACAACGCUGAUUGGCUGUUGUCUGUAAAUUACAUUGAAUUUCUACGCGACAUCGGCAAACACUUUCGGGUCAAUGAGAUGAUUCGGGCAGAAGGUUAUCGACAACGUCUUGAACGUGAACUCGGACUUUCAUUCCUUGAAUUUAACUAUCAACUGCUACAAGCUUACGAUUAUUUAUGUCUUUUUCAGAAAUAUGGGUGCCGUCUCCAACUCGGCGGGGACGACCAAUGGGGCAAUAUCCUUGCGGGUGUCGAUCUCGUCCGUCGAAUUGAAAGCGAACGGGUUCACGCAGUCACUUUUCCACUGCUCACUACAGCGAGCGGUGCGAAGAUGGGAAAAACCGCAGGCGGUGCAGUUUGGCUUGAUGCUGAACGGACAUCACCGUAUGAAUUUUAUCAAUACUGGAUUAACGUGGACGAUCGCGAUGUCUCCCGGUUCUUAGGGUACUUCACCUUCCUUCCAAUGGAUGAGAUUCGACGACUCGGCAAUCUGGAAGAUGAAGCAAUUCGGGAGGCAAAGGAAGUCCUCGCGUAUGAAGCCACGCAACUUGCACACGGAAAAGCGGAAGCGGACAAAGCACAAGCCGCAUCACGCGCUGCGUUUGGCGGUGGAAAUCUUGACGAAGCCGAGAUGCCAACUACGGUUAUCACAUCGGAACGACUUGACAGCGGUAUUCCAAUCAUGGAACUGUUCCAUGAAAUCGGGUUGGCAAAUUCACGUAGCGACGCGCGGCGGCUUAUUCAACAAGGGGGUGCCUACAUCAACGAAAAACAGUGCCGUGCGAUAGAUAUGGUCAUUGGUACCGACCUGCUUGAGGAGAAUGCUUUGCUUCUCCGUGCCGGCAAGAAGCGUUAUCAUAGAAUUGUUUUAAAAGAGAACUAA